AUUUAAACCUUUCGCCAUUCAUCAAAAAAAGCCACUAAAGGUAAAUCGACACACCACAAGAGCCCCUUGUCCGCCACAAGAAUAUCAUACACUAAUUUCACGUUCUCUUCUCUCAUGUCAACUUCACCACCCAUCCUCAUCUCUUCUACUCCCUAUUAUACACAUUUUCUUUAUUUAUAUUUAAAUCCCAUAUAUUCACUCUAGCUCUAUAUAUACACACACACAUAUGAAGUCGAUUUUUGGUAUUGAGAUACAUACAUAAAAGUGUAUGCAUAUGACGAUGGCCUGCCCAAGCGACUGGCCGGAGCCCAUAGUCCGAGUCCAAUCCCUAUCGGAAGCGUGCGCCAAGAUUCCGGAGCGCUACGUCAAGCCGCUCGAGUCGCGCCCUUCCUUGAAGCAGAUCACGGGUGGUGCGGGCGAGGUGAACAUACCGGUGAUCGACCUGGGCGGGCUCCACCACGACGGCGGCGCGACGAUGGCGCGUGUGGCGGAGGCGUGCCGCGACUGGGGUUUCUUCCAGGUGGUGAACCACGGCGUGAGGGCGGAGCUCAUGGACCAGGCGCAGGAGGUGUGGCGGCAGUUCUUCCACCAGCCCAUGGAGCUGAAGCAAGCCUACGCCAACUCACCGGCCACCUACGAGGGCUACGGCAGCCGCCUCGGCGUCGAGAAGGCCGCCAUUCUUGACUGGAGCGAUUACUACUUCCUCCACUACCUCCCUUGCAACUUGAGGGAUUAUAACAAGUGGCCCUCCCUCCCCAUUUCCCUCAGGGAGGCGAUGGAUGAGUAUUCUAGAGAGAUCGUGAGGUUAGGUGGGGUUUUGCUAAAGAUCCUGUCGAUAAGCCUUGGGUUAAGACAAGAUUUCCUGCAAAAUUCGUUUGGAGGGGAGGAUGUCGGGGCAUGUUUGCGGGUCAAUUUCUACCCGAAAUGCCCGGAGCCGGACCUCACCCUUGGCCUAUCCCCGCAUUCGGAUCCGGGCGGGAUGACCUUUCUGCUGCCGGAUCGGAAUGUUCCGGGGCUCCAAGUCCGACGGGGCAACCAAUGGAUUACGGUCAAACCCGCUCCGCAUGCCUUCAUCGUUAACAUCGGUGAUCAAAUUCAGGUGUUGAGCAAUGCUAUUUACAAAAGCGUUGAGCACAGAGUAAUUGUGAAUUCUGCGCAAGAGCGCAUUUCAUUGGCAUAUUUCUAUAAUCCAAAAAGCGACUUACUCAUACAACCAGCGAAGGAAUUGUUGGCACCGGACAGACCCGCACUGUACCCAGCCAUGACUUUUGAUGAAUAUAGGCUCUUCAUUAGGACAAAGGGCCCUAAAGGAAAAUCUCAAUUAGGAGAAUCUUAAACUCUCCAAAUCUUUUUUUUUUCUUUUUUCUUUUCUUUUUUCUUUUUUUGAUGCAUGUAGUUAUGUCUUAUUUUUCUCUCUCUAGAUCAAUUUGGGUAUUAAUCAAUAUAUUUAUUAUAUAGGUUUGUCAAAUUAAGUGUAUAUCUUGUAAUGAUAUGAUAUGGAAGUGAUUCUGAAGUGAAUAUACACAAUAUAAUUUUUAA